AUGGAGAUGAAGUGUGAACCAAAAAACAGGAAUCAGCCACGUCAACGUCAGCAGCCGCAACAGCCGCAGUGGCGACCACUGAAGAAAAGAAAAGGAGUGUGGAUCCUUCCAAAGGAUCAAAACGAUUUUUUGUCGAUCAAGAAGUUGUAUCAGCAGGCGACAUAUCAUGAUCUCAAUUUCUGGAAAACGGGCAAAGUUAAACAUAGUUUUUGGGAUGUGAUGGUCGAUUCGAAUAAUGAGGAAUAUCUCCUGAGCUACCUUAGCAAUCAUUCAAUAUCUCAUAUGAAGACAAUCGAGGACGUUGAAAAAUUAAUUAAAAAGCACGAAAGGAACUCUACACUAGGUUUCGGUGCACGUCUUCGCGAUGAUUCAUCCAGUGCUAGCUACGAUUUUCACACUUAUGGUUCUUAUCAACGGAUGACUGAUUGGAUGAAACAGCUGGUGGUUAAAUACCCAAAAUUGGUACAGUAUAUUACUGUGGGGAAGUCGACAGAAGGACGUUCGAUUGAUGGUGUUGAGAUUGGUGGUGAUUUGAAGACGAAAAAGAUCUUCUGGAUUGAUGGAGGAAUUCAUGCGCGUGAAUGGGCUGCACCUCAUACCGCAUUAUUCUUCAUACAUCAGUUAACUUCGAGAGCGAACGAGCCGGGAAUCAAAAAGCUUCUCGAUGAGAUAACAUUUGUUAUUGUUCCUUGCUUGAACCCAGAUGGCUAUGAAUUCACAAGAUCAUCGGCAAAUCCUCACGUGCGAUUAUGGCGAAAAAAUCGAUCGAAAAUGCAAUGUCGCAAAGACAUUUGGGGACGAAAUCGGUGCUGCCGCGGUGUCGAUUUGAAUCGAAACUUUGAUUUCCACUUCAGAGAGAGUGGUACUAGUGAUGACCCGUGUUCGGAGAUCUAUCAAGGACCGUCGCCUUUCAGCGAACCAGAGGCGAGAGCGGUUCGGGACGCACUUUUGUCGCAAAGAUACCGGGGAAGAGUUGAAGGAUACAUUACACUACACACUUAUUCUCAAAUCUGGAUUCAUCCAUACGGACAUAAGAAAGACGCUUACCCAGGGGACAUCAAGGAUCUGUAUGAUGUUGGAAAAAAGGCUGCAAAUGCUUUAAAAAGGGUUUACGGAACCAAAUACAUUGUGGGAAGUGGUGCAGAUACACUCUAUCCAGCAUCUGGAGGUUCGGAAGAUUGGGCAAAGCAUGAAGCAAAAGCCAAAUUUGUGUACUUGCUCGAACUAAGGCCCGAUGAGAAAAAUUGGGAUGGAUUUAUUCUUGAUGAGAAGGAGCUGAUCCCAACAGCCCGCGAAACCUGGGAAGGGGUUCGUGUUGUCGCCGAGGCAAUCGUUGAACGAGUUCAAAUUGCACGUGCCGGUGUUCCCGCAGUGGCACCGAAAGCACGCGCUUUUCGUUUCGGAGAUGGAACGGAAGGAUCAUGUUUCGAUGUGCGACACGCGUGUAAACGUUGGGUUCAAGAGCGCGAGGAAUUGUGCAAAACGGUUCCGAUCUUCAUGCGCGAGAAUUGCGCCUACUCGUGCUCAUUCUGUUGA